AGGAGGGUGAAGAGCCAGAGACGGAGGAGGUGAUGACCGGGUCUCUCCAGCUGGAGCCCGGGCUGCUGCUGCUGCUGAUGAUGAUGAUGAUGGUGGUGAUGAUGGCCUGCUGGGAAACUCCAGGGAUGGUGGAAGCAACUGUGCCAGCGGCCCCUGUGAACGUGUCGGUGACCCAGCUGAGGGCGCACUCAGCCAUGGUGACCUGGAACGUCCCUCAGGGAGACCUGGUCAUCGGAUACGCCAUCUCCCAGCAGCGGCAGGACGGCCUGAUGCAGCGCUCCAUCCGAGAGGUGAACACGUCCAGCCGCUGGUGUGUGUUGUGGGACCUGGACGAGGACACACACUACAGCGUGCAGGUGCAGUCCGUCGGGCCGCACGCCGACAGCCCGCCGAGCCUCGCCGUCCACUUCAGGACUCUGGAGAGAAGUGACCACUAUCCAGUCGGGGUCCUGGACCACCAUGAGCCGGCGAUGGAAGGUCUGGGAAUGACUCCUCAGCUUCAGACAGGAGAGCUGCUCAUCAUCACCACGGUGCUGCUGCUGUGGGCAGCCGUCAUCGCCCUGUUCUGCCGACAGUAUGACAUCAUCAAAGACAACGACACCAGCAGCAGCAAGGAGAAGGCCAAGCGGCCGCUGGUCCGAGCCACCACCACCUACUACAGCGCCUCGGCCGGCAGCUCGCCCGUCUACCACAACGGAGCGGCACGCAGCAGCAGGCUGCACAGAGCCUCCUCCUCCAUCAGCAUCAUCAGAGUCUGAGUGCGGCUGACGGAGACUAUCUGGACCUUCAG